AUGAUGAUGGUACUACCUCCUUUUCCUAAGAUUCUAAUCAAUAACAGCGGGCCCUGCCGUACUGAAUCAAACCUUCCUAGAUCAAUUAACCAAACUUGCAAACCUGAACCAAAAAAAACUUCUAGUAGAAGGCAGUACUCAAGUGAAACUUAUACAAGCCUCCAUCCCAACAUAAAGCAAAUCCGGAAACCAUUCAUUCUCAUCUAUCGAUCUCUGGACGAAAAGGGCCACACUGGGCCGACUAUAUGGGGCAUUGGGGCAUUGGGGCAUUGGAGCAUUGGGGCAGAUGCACCCAUGCCAGCCUCUCAUGGGUGCUCUCGUGGGGAAUGUGGAAGCACAAACGUGUUUAAUGGUCUUUCCGUUCCGUGUGGUGAUGGAAAUGCUGUUCCCACAGCCAACGAUAACACAAUACAGAUCCAAGCAGGCCUGGACAACAAUUGGUCAACAGGAGGCGUCACACAUACCGUUGCCGAUACUGUCGUUAAUGACGAAGAUAACGAGAUUAGUUCCAGUUAUUUUAGUUCUACAAAACUACCCAAUUAUACUAGCAAAAAGACAACACCUUAUGGAAAUCACGAGGAAACUACCAUGAGGUACGCGGAGAGUUAUCCGCCUCCAAUUUUGCAAAUUUCUGUUUCGAAUGCUCCUGUAGGAUACACGCCUUUGCCUACCAUACAAAGACCGAUGUUCAGGCCGAAACCACCAAAGCCUACAGACGAAAACUAUAUCUUGAUUCCGACUUUGACGCAUGAAUCGAACAAACCUAAUAAAACUGAAGAUGAUGAAGCUGUGGCAAUUGAGAGUGUCAAUCUGAUCAAUCAUUCUACGUCUAGUCGACCUUUAACUACUUUCUCAUACGUCAGCUCCAGCACACCAUCGGACCGAAAAUCCACAUCCAAAAAACCACCAUCCACCUCUUACGUGUACAGUACGACUAUACCACCACGCAGAACCGAAUCAACUACCAACAGAAAACCCAUCAAAAGCACCAUUUCCAGUUCUAUAACUAGCUCGAAGCCGCCUAGUACUUCCUACGUUUACAGCAGUACCUUUCGACCAACAUCCUCAAAACCCAAUAAUGUGUAUAGUUCGACAAGUAGGCCCAAUACCGUAGCUCAUUCCACAUUUGCCAGUACACCUGAGGGUUUUCCAGGGUCCAGCACGCCUUCCUUUGUUUCGUCUUCCAGUUAUGGGCCGUCUACGACCAGUAGUCACAUCGCAGGGCCUGGAUUCACUGUUACUUCACAGCCUAUAGGACACUACUCGUCGUAUCCAACUCCAGCACCUACUGUGAUUGUAUUGGGACCAAUUAGUGAAGAUAGCGACAAAGAUGAUGGUUAUAUUUUGGCUUCUUCUAGUUCCAGGCCAACUUUGCCAACAAGAAUUGGUGACAUGGCAGCCAAGGCUAUUUCUUUUUCUUCAAUAACUGAGAAGCGUCCUUCUUCAUCUAGAGGACUUGUAGUUAAAUUUCUAAUUGUUUGGAAUCAUCCAAAGACAGCCAUGCUUGGCGCAUAUUUCUGUAUUUAG